UUCAGUCGUGCGCGGUGGGAGGGAAGAUUUGUGCAGUCAAACAGAAGAAUCAGUAGACGAAGAGGAGGGGAAAAAAGUAGGAAAUCUCUGCAACCUCUGGAGUCUCAUUCAGCACCGCUCGCUCCUGGACAGCGUCUGAGCGGCGGAGUUGAUCGAGAAACAGGGGAUUUGUUCAAACAUCCAAUCUGGGAGUAACACUGAAUUUAAACGGGGCGCUUAAUUUUCUUCACGACUUACAACCCACAUUGGUAUGUUCACUUCCCACACCUGUCAUGCUCUUCUUUUGAAUUGAAUCUGUGCGGCAAGCAGCGUUUCAACAGCGAGGGAGUCCAGAACUGACUGGAGCUGGUGCCGCCAAACAAAGACGCUGGAAGAAAAAAGAAACCUGGACGGCAUCGCAGCUCGCAGAAGUUCUUCUCCUCCACUUUGGGCUCACUUGUAUCAGGAAGAUUUAAAGACGAUGGUUGGAGAUUCAGGCCAGGAGUGUAUUCCCUUGCGGACAGUUUCAACAUCAGGCACCCACUGUGGAGCCCACUGGCUGGCCUUGUAACUUUCUGCCUGUUUGACACACCAAGAGGAAAGCUAAAUGCACCUGAGUGAUUCUGGAGAACCAGAGAAGAGAGGCAAGCUUCCCACCUUUGUUCUUGCCUUAUGAGAGCUGCUCUCUGUGGACUCCACCUCAGAACACUCUGUACUGUUUAGUUACUGCAUGUAUCCACAACUCUAAGGUGCAGGAAAAGUGAGUGAAACACAAAGAGGAAAGAAGAAAGGGUAAGAGAUAAAGAGAGCACAGCUGCAUAAUUAGUAUUAGCGAAUUUGUUGCAGAGCUAGAAACCAUGAGAAGAGACUUCUGAAGACAACCGUGCUCUGAAAAAUAUUGCGGCUAAACCUUCAGGACAUUUGUAUGUGUGUGCGGGUAUAUGUGUGCACACCUCUUUCAUUUUCAAAGGACUUGAAUUUGUAUUUGGAUGCGGGUUUAGCCUUUCAUUAUGACUCUGCAAAGAGGCUUUGAGAGAGCAUGGAUUGGCUGCCACAAAGGUGUCUGCUGCUGGGUGUUGCUGCUGGCUUGUUAUGUCUUGAUCUCCUUGGCUGCCAAACCGAAAAUGCCGGGCCAUACACACCUAAACUCAAUACGUAUUGAUGGGGACAUAUCCCUAGGCGGGCUGUUUCCGGUGCACGCGAGAGGAAAUGACGGCAAAGCUUGUGGAGAGCUGAAGAAGGAGAAAGGAAUCCAUAGGCUGGAGGCCAUGUUAUUUGCCCUGGAUCGUAUCAAUAAUGACAAUGAGCUGCUGCCUAAUAUCACUCUGGGGGCACGCAUACUGGACACCUGCUCACGGGACACCCACGCUCUGGAACAGUCACUGACAUUUGUUCAGGCACUGAUUGAGAAAGACUCAACUGAUGUCAAAUGUCUCAGCGGAGGGCCGCCCAUCAUCACUAAGCCUGAGAGAGUGGUGGGAGUAAUUGGUGCAUCUGCCAGCUCCGUGUCAAUCAUGGUAGCCAACAUUUUGCGUCUCUUCAAGAUCCCUCAGGUGAGCUACGCUUCUACAGCUCCAGAGCUGAGUGACAACACCCGCUACGACUUCUUUUCCCGUGUGGUGCCUCCAGACACAUACCAGGCACAGGCGAUGGUGGACAUUGUCAAAGCUAUGAACUGGAACUAUGUCUCUACUGUCGCUUCAGAGGGAAACUAUGGAGAAAGCGGGGUUGAUGCAUUUAUUCAGAAGUCCCGAGAGGACGGUGGUUUGUGCAUUUCCCAGUCAGUGAAAAUACCACGUGAACCAAGAUCUGGAGAGUUUGACAAGAUUAUCCGGAGGCUGAGUGAGAACCCCAAUGCUCGAGUAGUCAUUAUCUUUGCCAAUGAGGAUGACAUCAGGCGUCUCCUUCAAGCAGCUAAGAAGGCCAAUCAGACAGGCCAUUUCAUCUGGGUAGGUUCAGACAGCUGGGGAUCCAAAAUUUCACCAAUACUGCACCAAGAAGAGAUGGCAGAGGGUGCUGUCACCAUUCUACCCAAACGACAGUCCAUCAAAGGUUUCGAUCGCUACUUCAUCAGCCGAACGCUAGAGAAUAACAGAAGAAAUAUCUGGUUUGCAGAGUUUUGGGAGAAUAACUUCCAAUGCAAGCUCAGUCGUCAUGCUAUGAAGAAAGGAUCUGGUAUCAAAAAAUGUACAAACCAUGAGCGGAUCGGAAAAGAUUCAUCAUAUGAACAGGAGGGGAAGGUUCAGUUUGUUAUAGAUGCAGUGUAUGCAAUGGCUCACGCUCUACAUAAUAUGCACAAAGACCUCUGUCCUGGAAAAGUUGGUGUUUGCUCCAAGAUGGACACUAUCAAUGGCACACUGCUUCUCAAAUAUAUCCGCAGUGUCAACUUUACAGGAAUUGCUGGCACCCCUGUGGUCUUCAAUGAGAAUGGAGAUGCUCCGGGUCGUUAUGAAAUCUACCAAUACCAGAUAACAAAAAACACCACAGAAUACAAAAUCAUUGGUCACUGGACAGAUCAACUCCACCUAGACACUAAUGACAUGCAGUGGCCUGGUGAAACACAAGAAGUCCCUUCCUCUAUAUGCAGUCAACCCUGUCGUCCUGGGCAGCGCAAGAAGACAGUGAAGGGAAUUCCUUGUUGUUGGCACUGCGAGAAUUGUGAUGGUUAUCAGUAUCAGGCAGACAAUUACACCUGCAAGAUGUGCCGCUUUGAUUUGCGUCCCAAUGACAACCACACUGGCUGCGUUCCCAUUCCCAUUAUCAAGCUAGAGUGGAGCUCACCAUGGGCCGUGAUACCAGUCCUCAUUGCAGUCUUUGGGAUUAUGGCCACUCUGUUAGUGGUUGUAACCUUUGUGCGUUACAAUGAUACACCAAUUGUUAAGGCAUCUGGUCGAGAGCUUAGCUAUGUGUUGCUGACAGGUAUCUUUCUGUGCUAUGCUACAACAUUCCUUAUGAUCUCUGCUCCUGAUGUGUUCGUAUGCUCACUGCGAAGGAUUUUCCUUGGUCUGGGUAUGAGUAUAAGCUAUGCAGCACUGCUUACCAAGACAAAUAGGAUCUACAGGAUUUUUGAGCAGGGCAAGAUGUCGGUCAGUGCCCCUCGAUUUAUCUCCCCAGCCUCGCAGUUAGUUAUCACAUUUAGUCUGAUAUCAGUGCAGCUCCUUGGAGUGUGCAUCUGGUUUGGUGUUGACCCAUCACAAGCCAUCAUAGACUAUGUAGACCAGCGCACAGCAAAUCCCGACAUGGCCCGUGGCGUCUUGAAAUGUGAUAUAUCAGACCUGUCUCUCAUCUGUCUGCUGGGUUAUAGCAUGCUUCUGAUGGUCACCUGCACAGUUUACGCCAUCAAGACUAGAGGGGUUCCAGAGACAUUCAACGAGGCCAAGCCUAUCGGCUUCACAAUGUACACCACCUGCAUUGUGUGGCUUGCCUUUAUCCCCAUCUUCUUCGGGACCUCACAAUCAGCGGAAAAGAUGUACAUCCAGACUACAACCCUAACCAUCUCUAUAAGCCUCAGUGCAUCGGUCUCUCUGGGUAUGCUCUACAUGCCCAAAGUCUACGUGGUUCUUUUCCAUCCAGAGCAGAACGUACCCAAGCGCAAACGCAGUCUAAAGGCUGUGGUCACUGCAGCCACCAUGUCCAACAAGUUCAACCCUAAAGGUGGCCUGAGGCCCAACGGAGAGGCCAAAUCUGAACUUUGUGAAAGUCUUGAAACACAAGUGUUGGCCUCAAAGCAGACAUACAUAAGCUACAGUAACCAUGCCAUCUAAGACCGAGAUGAGCCGUGGAAGAGGAGAAAAGGCCUGCCUGAGGAGAAAUCACCUGAUUCUGGGGGCAUAUUGGGGAUACACUGGAGAACUUUCAAGCUGCUACAUCAGAGGAUUGGGGUGGAAAGAUGGGAAUUUGUCACUCCAAAGGAUGUCAUAUUUUUUUUAUGGAAUCAUGUAAAGGCUUGGAUGCAAAUUUUAUGAUAAAUUAGUAGCUUGUAGGAGGGAGAGAAGAGAUGUAAGGGAGCUUGGGCAGUUAAUUUUUCUCUUCCCACCCUGAGCAUUGAUCAGUGACGUUUCCAGAUGUAGGCUGAAUGAACCACCUGGAGCUUACAGAUUUUUAUUUAUUUUUUCUGAAGUGUAUAGAGCACAAGUUCAGUUCUCUCUGAUAUUGAAUUGCUUGUCUCAUUUCAGUAAAAACAGGGGAAAGCAUUCUGUUUUUAUCAAAUGCAGCUGACGAAAUGAAGUGGUGUAAAAAAAUGUAGUAGUUAUUUUUGGUUACAGGUGUAUUUGGAGUUGAAAGCUGCAGUACUCUUCAGACUGUACAUGCCUUACGACAGUACACUCAGUAUUCCUACAUGAACUAAAUAUAUCUGAAACACAUGAAAAUAAGGCAGUGGGUCUCCCCAGUAGUUUUUUUUUUUACCGUUUCAUAAUAAUGAGGACACCACCGUUUUGGCAAUCCUAGUGUACAGUCCCAGAGCAUGCUUAUGGGAGCAUCACGUGUACUGUGCUGUGUUGUCAACGUCUAUGGAAUGCAACAUUUGUCAUCGUUGUCAUUCACAGUGGAGAUGUCAUUUUUGGGGUAUCCCUCUGCUGAACGAAAAUAAGUCAAACAAACCAAACACAAAUUGCCAUGCAAUAGCUCUAUGGUUGACAUCACAUUCCAUAAAUGUCAGUCAGGACUUGGACACUUGACUGUAAACAUCUGAGAUUGAGGGGCUCUUAUUUAUCAUGCACCUAUUGAAGCCUUUUGAAAGACUGUCAAAAUUUCACUUGUAGCGUUGAAAGUAAUUGACAAAUUUAGCCUAAAAGAGUUUUGAUUAAAAUUCAAUAAGACUGUAAGACUUGUAAUAAAGACUGUAUACUCUGUACCUUAAUGCAGGGUAUUGUGAUAUAGUAGAUUUUUAAAGAAAAAAAAGACAACAACAAGCUGUUGUCAUGCCAGACAUAUUGUUAUUAAAGCCUGACAACAUAUGAUAAAUGGGACAGAAGAAAUGCACUACAAGACUAAUCUGUGUGCUUGCAAAAGAUUUUUAUGGAAAAAAAUGCAUUCCUCUUCUGGGUCUUGGAUUUUAUGCCUGAAGUGGAAAUGAUAAAAUAUAUUUUAAUUUAAAACAAGGCUCAAGUAGCUAGCCGGCGUUAAUACCAAUUUUGAAAAGGUAUUGGCUUAGUUCAGACAACUGGUCAAAAAGUUCAAACAUAAUUAGCAAUAUGAUAUAUUGUUUCAACAUACACUGUAACAAUUUAAAUUAAUAUUCAAUCCAUUGUCUGAUUUUUAUAUAUAUCAAUAAAAGAUACAGCCAUGCUGUACUAAGUAGUAGCAAGUUCACCUUCCACUUGGCAGCUAUCUUAAUUAUUUCUUGCUUCCAGCAAACAAUUUGACUUUGUGUUUAACAAGACCCACCUAUUUUUCUUUCCACAGAAAUUGCUGGAAACCCAAAUAUAGACAAAAGGCCAUAAACAUGACACCAGCAGGAUACACUUCUUUGUUUGUGUAUAAAGGAUGUGCAAAAAGAAUUGUUUGUUUAAAUGUUAACCAGCCGGUAGUUUCUCAGGUUUACUUUGAAGUAUUUCUGCCCCCUAGUGAUCAAGAGUUUCUAAGUACCGCUUUACAUCUCUACAGUGAUACAUCACUGGUCCAUGCCUACUAAUUAAUUGGUUUUCACAGUACUGAACAUAAAAAAAAAAAAAAUCAAAGGUAUGAAUACUUGCUUGAUAAAUAAGGGCCACUGCCUUCAUUCUGUGCCUCAUAUCCAUUAAACUACUUCUGCUAAAUGUUCCAUGGUUCUUUCAUCAUGUUUGUGUUGCCAGUAUUACCUUUCAGUUGUUCAGUUUAAACAUUAUUACGGAUGAAUUCAGUGUACAAUUUAAAAUGUGUAAACACCAUUACUGUUUCCAUUCUCUAAAAUAUUACUAAUAACAGUAUUUUCUGGAUUUUUUGUCUCAUUAAAUGUUAUCCUCAGUAAUGCAAAAAUUGUAUGUUGCAUGUCAAAACCCAUAAGAAAGUCGUGUGGUAAAAUUGGAGAGAAAGGCAUAAAGUCCAGACUACUGCAGAGGAUUAUAACUUACAAAUAUUUUGCUUUUUGAUCAAUGAUUCUCUCAGCUCUCAGCUUCAACGAGUCUAAGGUGUUGCGCAAAUGUUGUUUUCUCAUUUGAUAAAGUAUUGUUUGUGGGAUUGUUUGUGUUUGUGAAUAUGAUCAUUUUACUGCUUUUUUGCCACGACCCCCCUCCCCACCUACUUUUAUUUUUCUAAAACACUGUCUGUGUUACAAAAUAGAAUAUGUAAUUGCUGACUGAAAUUAAAUGGCAAGUUAAUGUAUGUUAUUAAAAUUGAUUGAUCAUGUCUGCUUUAUGUACCAAAUUAUUAAAAAAAAGAGAAAAAAACAGUUACAGUGCCUGGAUAUUUAUGAACUAUCUAUAAAAAUAAAAAAAAGCU